AUCGAAGAGUCAACUCUCUCGUGAAUGCCUUGUGAGAUUCAGAUUCAGGUGCUUCAACAUUUUGGACACGUUUGGGAAGUGGAUUUCAGAAUGGUGGACGAAUCAAGCGUUAUUAAAGUAAUCUGCGAUGGUCUCGGGUGUGUGGAGUAUGAAGAGCUUUUGGAGAAGCUGGGAGGGGAUGAUGUAGAAAAUGUGAUCAACAACAAGGAUAUUUUUACUGUUAUACAACAAAACAAGAGCAAAAAAAUCCUGGUCACUAGUAAAAUUAGGCGCUGCAAACCAAGUGAGUGCCAGGAGAGAUGUACAGACCUGCAUCUAUGUAAAUUUGGCCUUCUGGGACAAUGCAACAUGCAAAGAUGUAAAUACGGCCACAGUCUGAGGACGGAGCACAAUUCCAGAGCUUUACGUGAACACGGCUUACAAGAUCUGAACAAAGAUCAACUGCGUGUGCUGUUGCUACAGAAUGACAGCUCCCUGUUGCCCAACGUCUGUGUCUCAUACAACAAAGGCAGUGGUGACUUUGGGAACUGUCCUGAUAAGGAGGCCUGUGUGCGUCUCCAUGUCUGCGAGAGGUACAUUCGAGGACUGUGUGACGGCAACGAGUGCAAACGAUGCCAUGAUUUCCACGAACCUCAUCCGUCAGAAACGCUGCGAGCCAGAGGAAUAGCCAGUCACCUGAUAGGAUCCCUUCUGCAGAUUUAUCAGAAUAUUCUGACACUAAAGGACCACAGAUAUGCUCAGGAUAAAUACGGUGCCAGAAACAGAGAGAACCCUAAAUCCCAGCAACCCAGCAACAGGGCCAAAGUGCCCGAGUCCUUACAUAGUAACAGAGCAGUAAAUGAGAUUUGCCGGUCAUUUAUCAGAGGAUGCUGCAAAUACGGAGCAGAAAAAUGCUGGCGUGUCCAUUUUGGCCUUCCUUAUAAAUGGGAGGUGGAGGUGGAUGAGGUUUGGAUCGACUUACCUGACAACGAAGUGAUAGAAAGAGACUACUGCGAUCCAGCCAAGAUCCACAGUGUUGGCCUUGAGCCUGUGUGUUUUGACACAAUGGAGCAGGGAGAGCACAGGGUCCGGCGUCUCUCUACGGUGUCUUCAGUGAUUGAUCCCACCUUCACCCAUACCACCAAGUGGAUCUGGUACUGGGAGAACGAGUAUCACAAAUGGAUCAAGUAUGGAUCAAUAAAGGAGAUGCAUAGGCUGUCCUCCAUCACCUGUGAGGAGCUGGAGAAAAACUACCUCCACUUCUUGGAGGACAGCAGCCAUGACCUGGUUAAAUUCACCGCUGGUAAACAGUGUUACGAGCUGAAUUUCAGAACUAUGAAGCAGAGGAAUGAAAUGAGUAACACAGAGAGACCGGUUCGACGUCGGCCGUGGUUUGUUUCUGUCUUCGAUGCCCGGAUUGCUAGACCCAGAAGAGGUCCAAACUCUUAUAUAGGUGUCCCAGGUUUCUGGGAUAAAACUGCAGUAUGUGAAUCUGGAUAUCAGCGAGUCUUGCUUGACUCGUCUCACAAGGACUUUGUCAGGGUACAAGAACAUUUCAACAAGACUAUGAGAGACUUUAACAUCCUCACUGUCGAACGAGUACAGAACAAGGAGUUAUGGGAGGAUUUUCAGACGAAAAAAGAGCGAAUGAAAAAAGCAAACAGCGACAAGAAAUACGGUGAGGCAGAGCGUCUGUUAUUCCACGGCACCAACACCAAGAACAUCGAUGCUAUAUGUCGCCAGAACUUUGACAUGAGGGUGUCUGGAGUCAACGCGACAGUGUACGGACAAGGAAGUUACUUUGCCAAGGAUGCGAAGUAUUCCAAUGAUUACACGGACCACUGUGGAGAAAGAUGCAUGUUUGCAUGCAGAGUGCUGGUUGGACAGUACACUAAAGGUGUGUCGCAUUACCGCAGGCCUCCAGCUAAAGAUGCAGCAGGAAAUCUUUAUGACAGCUGUGUAAAUGACGUACGCAAUCCCACCAUUUAUGUAGUGUUUGAUCGCUCUCAGGUUUACCCAGAAUUCCUGAUUACAUAUGAGAAAUCCAGCUUCCCUAAAGAUAUCAAUGUUCUUUUCGAUUCUGUCUUUGAUAUGAGCAAAACAGCAGAAAGUGAAACUAGCACAAGCUCAUCUGAUAAGGCGCACAUCACCACCUCUGAUUCAGCUAGCACAGGAAUGAUGUUAGCCGCUGCGGGCAUACCCAGUGCCCUGGAUUCACCACUAAAUCCGGUUAAAGAUGUGUCUUCAGAUCCUCAGAGGGAUGAUGAGAUGAUUCUGAUAGAACGCAUAAAGAUAGAAAGCUCAUCUCACAAUGCAAGAAGCAUCAGGUCAGGUUCAGCUAGCACAGGAGAGAUGUUAGCCGCUGCAGGUAUCCCCAGUGCCCUGGAUUCACCACUAAAUCCAGGCGAAGAUGUGUGUUCAGAUUGUAAAAAUGAUGACGGAAUGAUUCUGAUAGACACCCUAGAUGUAAUCCUCACAUCUCCGGAAAGUGAGCUAUCAAUUCAAUCAAAGCCACCACGGCGUUUAACUUCCCUCAGCAGGUUGCUAAAAGAGUCAGAUCAGGGCUUGCAUGCAUCUGAUACAAACACAGAUUUCUUCAGUUCAGAUCAUUUGCUUAUUGCUGCUAGACCUAGCCUGACAGAUUCCAGUGUUCUGUCUGGGAAUGUUACUUAUGGACGAGAGACUUUUAACUUAGAAACUAAAAGAACAUCUCAGAGAUCACGGCAAGAUUCACAAAAUUCUGCAACUCUCAGAACCCCAGAUUUUGAUAAGUCAGGCACGGACACUUUGGAUCCAAUCUUCUGUUCUUCAGACAAGGCCAAGAUCUUUCAUGCUUAUUCAAAGACGGAGAGCGAAACCUCCAGUAAAACUAGUUCAGCACAAAAGCAGUCGCUUGACAUGUUCUCUGACAUCUUUGACGUGAACCAGACAGCAAGUGAGCUUAGAACACGAUCACCUCAGAAGGAAUACAUCACUAGUUCAGCUGAAAACUUGAUUACACUGGAGACGUUUCCGGUUCCUUCGCAUUCAAAUAAUCAGUUGUUGAGCUCAGUUAAGCUUAGCGUAACAGAUAAAAGUAUACACUAUAAUAUUAGGUCAGACUCGGUCACCAAACAGAGAUCUCCACAGCACGAUUCACCUGCAGCUCGCACGGGAGUCGCGGCCGGUUUUUCCCAUCCGCUUUUAUCCACUACAGCAAGUUCUACAGCUAGAAAUCUAAGCACCAACGCUUCUUCUGCCGGCAGUCAUACAGCAAAAAAAACCAAAAUCUUAACGAUUAACACACCCAGUUCCUCUUCAUCUAAUAAGCAGUAUUGCUCUGAUGGCUCCUUGUCAAGUUCUUCAGUUUCCUUUAAUGAAAGGCAGCCUUCUGCUCUCUCCAGUAUACAAAAUCCAUCAAAAAGCACAAACCCUCAACAAGCAUCGCAGCAGACGAAAAUCUUAGACGCUCGAAGCGAGCAGAAACAAAAGUGUAAGCUGCAGUGAUUUAAUUUAAUUGCAUGCUUUAUAAUGGAGGUUUUAUAGCUUCAGUCGUGUUCAUUAACGAAUAAAUCAUUAAAUUAAUAUUUGAUAGAAGUCGUUUUUGUUUCAUCGUAAACAAACAUUGAUUAACGGCUGCGUAAUUCAUCCUACUGUAAACUACGUCUUUCAAAUGCAGUGUAAAAAAGACACGAACAGCCUCUUAUCAAGCUCUCUGUUAUAAGCCAGACAAGUUGUUUUGACACUUAAAUAAAAAUUCAUGCAUUCUUGUCUCUGCAUCCAUGACAA